GGAUGUAGUUCGUCGCUUCCGGAAAAGGCGAAUUAUGUUGUUAUGUCUCCUUCCGAUUGAUGGUUGUAUUGUUCACAAUGUUCCUGUAAUUGUUUUCACAGUUUGAAUUGUGUGGAAAUAACCUACACGUAUUGUAAACACAGUAACCACAUUACGUGUUUAUUGGAAGGGAAAACGAUAGCGGAAACGUACGGAGCUAACGUUAGCUACAUGACCACGACUAGCCUGCAGUUUCAGGAUGUCUAAAAUUGAACGUUUGAACGCUCGUGUGGCCAAGCUCCUGACUGAAGCGGUGCAGGAGGUUCUGGAGGUGGUGAAGGAGACGGUGUCCGAGUUCCAGGAGAGAACUGCAAGAACACAGAGGGAGAACGAUAGCCUGAAGAGGAGGCUGCAGGAGCUCCAGGAGAACAUAACAAAAGAGAGUAUAGAUGUGUUACCUACAAGUUGUCCGUUACCUGAAGAAAAAGAAGACAAUCCAAAUCAAAAGCAGGAUUUGGGGUUUUCCUUGAGGCAGGACCCAACUCUUGCAGAGCAAAAACAGAACCACACAAAUGAACAUAAUGUGAAGCAGGAAUCGCAAAAAAAGGAGAGCUACGUCAACACUGAAUUACAAACUGAAUCCAACUCAACUCAAAUAACAGAAGAUUGCCUAGUACAACCAGAGGAGGUGGCACACAUUAUUGAGGAAGCAGUCACUGUUCAGACAUUGCACAAUGAAAACAGAGACCUCAGUGCAGUCACAUCCUAUAACGGGUGCACCCUUCUCUGCAGCACCUCACUCGGGGUUAGCCUGGCAGUUAUCAAAAAAGAAUCAGAACUAACAGAGUGCCUAACCACAGAACCACAAUCUAUCCAAGAACACUAUAGGGGUGUGGAUUUAAGCUGCAACUCUUCUCGUCAGAACUCUGUUGAAACACACCGACCACAAGUCAGUACCGAAACUAAAGGACGUGUUUUUGUCCACUCAAAUAAUUCCAUACAAAGGAGGCAUGGCUUCGCAAAAACCAACAGGGGUGCAUUCGAUGGGAGAAGAAUCCGGAUGGAGCACUUCAGGGGAGAAGAAUCCCAUGUGUGUGUUGUGUGUGGAAAGACAUUCAGCAGGGUGGGGAACUUGAGAAUCCACCAGCGUUGUCAUACGGGAGAGAAGCCGUAUGGCUGCGUUCAGUGUGGGAGACGUUUCAGUCAGGCGGGAGACCUGAAAAAACACAAGAGGGUCCACACAGGGGAGAAACCAUACUACUGCAACCAGUGUGGGAAGAGCUUCAGCCGGGGGGAGAAUUUGAAAAGACAUCAGAAGAUCCACAUUGGGGAGAUUUUACAGUUACAGCAAGUGUGGACUGAGCAACAGGAAUGAUUUUCAUAUAACACUGAAUUGAGCACACUUACCUUGUGGAACUAAUUUAGAGGCUAGUCACUUUAAAUCUUUUUGCUGUCAUGAUGGGCUGCAGAAGGAAAUACAGUUCUGGAAAAAAUUAAGAGACCACUCCAAAUUGUUAUUAAAUCUUUAUCUCUACAUGUAUGGCAGCCAUUCCAGUGUCUGUUGAAUUCAGACACAGAGAAGAGUUGUCAGUAUUUUAUAGAAUACAAUAAAUAAAUGCAUUUAACUCGAAGACAUACAUAGUAAAACCAGAGGAACUGAUAAUGUGGUCCUCAUCUUUUUCCGGAGCUGUAACCUAUCAGAAAUUCUACAGCUUUGCAAUUAAAGAUUCACUGAUAUAAUUAUAAAUAAUGAGCUUGGACCUUAAGCAACUACUAAAUGUUAGCAUCACUCAAUAGUUAAAUUGUCGUAUAUUAUGACACUUGGCAUUAAUGAUCUCUCUUCAUACAAAGGCCAUUUAUAACAAUAUGACAAUUAUUGUACACAUGGCAAUGUUGAAAAGAACAAAUCGUCAAAGGGGCAGUUUUAAUCUCAUAAGAUGACAGUGUGAUGUUUAGUGUAACAUCUCUUUUUCCCCAUGCACAGAAGGAGUUGUCUCACUUUAAAUAAGUGGUGAAGACAAUUGUUGAAUGCAAUUCUGAAGAAUGGUUGUCCUUACAUUUGCCUGAUUUUAUAGAGUGAUGGACGCUUGCUGUUGCUCGAUAUAUUUAUUGCAAAUGCACCUAGGUAUGUAGUGGAAAAGCCAGGAAAAUGGAAAUUUCACAGCCAACCAAUAAAUGUAUUUAUUAUCACCUCAAA